AUCGACUUCUCUUUCGUUUUGUUGUUCAGCUGCAGAAAUUAGGGUUAGCUUCGUUCCGUUCGCGUCGUUGAGUUGCAGAGAUGGCGAAGUCAAAGAAUCACACCGCUCACAACCAGUCCUACAAGGCUCACAAAAAUGGCAUCAAAAAGCCAAAGAGGCAUCGCCACACUUCAACCAAAGGAAUGGAUCCUAAGUUUUUGAGGAAUCAGAGGUAUGCAAGGAAGCACAACAAGAAAAAUGGUGAAAUUGCCACCGAAGAAUAGGAAAGUUGUUUUAUCAUCUUAGACGAUUUCUAAUUCAUGCUCUGUAUGCUUUAUGCUAAAUCUAUCUUAGACAGUAUUUUCAUGUUUUGUGUAAUUCAAUGAAAAUGCAUUACUAUGUUGGCACUUUUAUUUGUUAAAACAAUUCUGAAUAUUUAGUUGCUUAUGUUGAUGAUUUUAAUAUUGAAAGUGAGCUGAUUGAUUGCUA